CUGCCUGAUCUCAUUUCGUUUUCAAACCCUUCAGGGAUUACCCUCAUAAAAGCAACCCAGAACCAUUUCAGAUUCCCACCCAAAAACUACUCCAAAAAAGAGAGGUACCAGAGUACCCUUCAAGCAUAUAUGGCUACAACUUGGCUUGAAGCACUGCCGGCCGAUCACAGGAGGAUCAUUGUGAACCAGCUAGUUCACGGCCAGAAGAGGGCGAGGGAGCUUCACUCCCUGCUCAACAACGGCGGCGAGGAUGGUUCGACUUCGCGUCAGAAGGAGGAGCUUGUGAUGGAGAUAGUUACGUCUUUCACUCAGAGUCUAUCUGUUCUGAACGAGUCAUCUAAGCUGUGUGGUGGUGAUGACCAUCACUCCGGUACUACUGGCUGCGGAGGCGGUGAGAUUGUUAAAGCGGAGCAGUCUCAUGUGGAACAUUCGCAUUGCGGUGACCGGAACUCUGAAGAUUCCGGCGAAAGCAAGAAGAAGCCGGGUUUGAAGGAUCGGAGAGGUUGCUACAAGCGAAGAAAGAACUCAGAGUCAUGGACAAUGGUUUCAUCCACAGUUGAUGAUGGUCAGGCUUGGAGGAAAUAUGGCCAGAAGGAAAUCCUCAAUGCUCCAUAUCCAAGGGCUUACUUCAGAUGUACCCGCAAGUAUGAUCAAGGUUGCCAGGCAACCAAGCAAGUCCAACAAUGCCAAGACACCCCAAAACUGUACAAUACCACCUACAUUGGAAAACACACGUGCAAAAACAUAAUCGGGGCUCCACAGAUUAUCAUGGGUUCUCAUGCUCCUCCUAGAGCUACUGUUAGCUCAGAAUCUGGAUCGACCACUGCGAUUUGCAAUGAGAAAGAACAUAAUGGCGAUCAUGGUGGUUAUCCUUCUAUCUCAUCGUCGAUGAUACCCUUCAUUCCGGUGAAGAAAGAAGAGUGCAAGGAGGGGACGACGUCGAGUGAUCUAACGGACAACCUUAAUAAUACAAGUAAUAUGUGGCCGGAGAUGGAUUUUGGGUUCCCUGAGACUACUGUGAUGUCGAGUAUGGAGUACUUGGACAUGGACUUGGAGUUGGAGAAGUCUAUUAGUUUCGAGAAGUUUGAUUUUGAUGAAGUUGUUUUUACUUAGGCCCUUGGCUAGUAAUGAAUCGAAUUAGCUAAGCCAGCUAUGUUGGGUUGUUAAUAUAUCAUGUCGCUUUUGAUGUUGUAGCUAAAUUGCAUCAUUAUAUUUGAAAAGAAUAUCCAAAUAGCACUAAAUUUCUUAGUGUGUUAGGCACCGUA